AUCCUCUCUAAUUCUCGUGAAAAACGCCCGAGUACCAAAGAAGGUAAUUCACAGGGGCGCGUGUCUUAAUGCCUCAUGAGCUGCCUACAGAGACGGCAUCACAGGCGAAUACAUGCGCAUAUGAUGCCUAAAACGGUUUCUAGGUAGGCAGCUCACUACGGUUUGAUACUGGAUCAAAAAACUCUCUUAAGAAGAAAAUGGGGGCGUAAUACUGAACUUCUCUUUUACGUAUCCUGUUAGUCAUUAUUACUGAAACUUGUAGGCUACGUCACAACCUAGAACGUGCUGGUGCUCGCGUCUCAAUCUCUCAUAAAUCCACGAGUGUUGCUCCGAGAGGUUUAAUUGAAGUGUUGGUCAUCAACGACUGAACGUCAUCUGCAGAAAACCUGAACAGUCAUUUGCAAAUUUGGAAUUUGAACAUUUUUGUUUGUGAGCUACGCACAGUUUCAUUGCAAGAAGAGGAAGACCAGCAGACAUCAGUAGCGAAUUUCUGUUGCAACAUAAAGCAGGAUGGAGAAGAUGAAAGAUGGCAAGGGGAAGCAGGUGACGUGUUUUCUCAUGUACUGUGUGUCAACAGCAGUCAUCGGCUCGCUGCAGUUUGGCUACAACACAGGAGUCAUCAAUGCACCAGAUGAGAAAGUGAAAAACUUCUUCAAAAAUGUGACUUUGGUUCGUACCGGAGAGCCCAUGCAUCCCUCUACUGUCACAACAGUAUGGAGUAUUGCCGUUUCUAUCUUCAGUGUCGGUGGGAUGAUCGGCUCUGUCUGCGUUGGUGCUUUGGUUAAUAAGCUUGGGAGACGGAGGUCCAUGCUGCUGUGCAACAUCCUGGCUGUGAUUGGUGGAGGGCUAAUGGGUUUAUCCAACUAUUGCAAGUCCUAUGAAAUAUUGAUAUUGGGUCGUCUGGUGAUUGGUGUGUUCUGUGGACUGUGUACAGGGUUGACGCCCAUGUACGUUGGUGAAAUUGCACCAACUGCACUGCGGGGAGCUUUUGGUACCCUUCACCAGCUAGGGGUGGUCAUCGGCAUCUUGGUGGCACAGAUCUUUGGUUUGGAGUCAUUGCUGGGAUCUCAGACAUUGUGGCCAUUGCUGCUGGCUUUGACAACCCUGCCUGCAGUAGUACAAUGCAUUAUGCUGAUUUUCUGUCCAGAAAGUCCUCGCUACCUGCUUAUCAAUCUGAACCAGGAAGAUAAGGCACGACAAGUGCUGAUUAGUCUUCGUGGACAUUCAGAUGUGGAGGAUGAUAUUCGUGAGAUGAAGGAAGAAGCCUUAAAGAUGUCUACGGAGAAGAAGGUGUCCAUCCCAGAGCUGUUCCGUAACGCCUCUUACCGACAGCCCAUUAUCGUCGCCAUAAUCCUGCAGCUUUCCCAGCAGCUCUCUGGUAUCAACGCUGUGUUUUAUUAUUCAACAGAUAUCUUUAGGAGUGCAGGUAUCACUGGGCCUAUCUUUGUCACUAUUGGAGCAGGAGCAGUCAAUACUGUCUUCACUGUGGUUUCCCUCUUCCUGGUAGAGAGAGCCGGCAGAAGAACCCUUCAUUUGAUUGGAUUGGCUGGAAUGGCUGUCUGUGCUUUAAUCAUGACCAUUUCUCUUAAACUAGUGGUGAACCCUGUAACGGUGGAAGCUGGACUGGCUCAAAAUAGCACAGCCAUACCAACAACUGAAGUAGGAACUUCUGCAGUCAGCAUUUUGGCCAUUGUAGCAGUCUUUGGAUUUGUGGCUAGUUUUGAGAUGGGACCUGGACCGAUUCCAUGGUUUAUAGUUGCAGAGUUAUUCGCUCAGGGUCCACGGCCAGCAGCCAUGGCCGUUGCUGGAUGCUCAAAUUGGACCUCCAACUUCCUUGUUGGACUGCUGUUCCCACAACUAUUGAACCUGUGUGGUCCGUACGUGUUUAUCAUCUUUUUCGUUCUCCUCAUCUUCUUCUUCGUCUUUACCUACUUCCGGGUUCCUGAGACCAAGGGACGGACCUUUGAGGACAUUGCCAGUGGAUUUGCCAAUACUGCAGGUUCUAACCCUCCAGACUAUUCCUCUCCAGACAGUGUAGUCACUCGACCAACAUCCACAUCAUCAGAAAAAGUACAAAUGGCUAACUUGAAUAGAGAGUCCGUAACAAAUCCAUAGAAAAGCCCAUAACUAAGACACGUGUAUGAUACUUAAUUAUUAGACAUUAUUAAAGAUGUAAUAGACCCUUUUACUGUUUGUACACAAUGAUGACGUGGCAGCGUAUGCGCGCGCAUUUAGGCAACGAAAGUAUGGCAAGAAUCAGCAGCAGUGAAGCAGCACAGACCUAGAAAGUUAUUUAAAAAGUUGACUUUAUCAACUUUUUUAACACAGCUACCAGAUCCGUGUACUAUAGUGGAGUGGAUAGAAGACGUUAGCAGAUGGCCAAAAAUAAAGUUGCCAUAUACAUAUAUACGUAUAUUAGUAUUAUAUUAGUGCAACCAAACACAACAACCAGACAUUUUGAUGCUGGGAAACUGUUUUAAUAAACUUUCUAACACGUUAGAACCACUGGGGAACAACACCACUUCUGUUGCCAAAAUGUGCGCGCCGACUAAUUGAUCAAGUGGGCUGUAAAAGGGUCUAUAGCUCAAAGCAAGGACAUCAUGUGACACAGGAGGUUUAUCAUUUUUCUUACACAUCAGCACUUACGGAUGUGUGAUGAUGGAGAAUGAUUUCUCAGGGUGUGUAAAAAAAUAAUUCCAUAUGCACACAAUUGAUCUUAUUAUUGUAUACUGAUAUUUAUCAAUUUGACAAAACUAUAGAUGUAACACAAUUUUUAAACAACAAUUGGAUAACAGGGAUUCUAAUCCUAAAAAGGGAUUUUUGCCGCAAUGCCUAGAAGAUCCUUUUGGUCAAAAGAACAAGCUCUAUUGUUACCUUUUUAUAGACUGAAUAACACUUUAACAUUUGUGGUACAAAAAGGUCAAACUUAUUUUAUGAUACAACACAGCCAAAAAUGGUUCUUCUGUGGCAUCAUGUAGCACCUUUAUUUUUAUACGUUUAAGGUAUUGUGAAUAAUACAAAGAGCAAACUGAUUUUAAAGCACUUAUUGCCCCAGUAUUUUGUUGUUGUUGUUAAACCAGUUUAUGUAGUUAAUAUAACGUCCUGCUGAUAGUAUGAAAUAUGUGUUUAAAUAGUGUUAUUCAUCCCUAAAGUAUUUAGCAUGACAUGUUAUCACUCAACAUCACUGAAUGGUAAUGCAUACUAAUGCAAAAUCAUGUGACGAUGAUCACAGAUUCAGUGUUUAACAUGAGCAAACGUGCAUCCUGCAUGUCAUGAGUUUUACAAAGUUCACACCAAAAGUGUUUCUUGUUUGAAUGUAAUUAACAUACUGUAAUGUUGAUAUGUAUUUUGUUAUAUUUAUGGCUUUUAUAAUGUUGUUAAACAUUUCUGAAGACUGAAACAUUUAUUUUUUUUAUAAUGGCAUGAGAACUUUUAUUUAAGUUUUGUUUGAGAGAAUAAUAUAACUAAGCGGCACAUGUGUAUAACAAACAAUUGAUGUGAUAUCAUGUGACUGAUUGCAUCAUCUCUUUGGUAUUCUGUACAAUAUAACUCUGAUCUCAGUGUGUCAUAGCAAAACUGCUCUUGAAAUCUGUGUUUCACCCAGUACAUCAUCCAACAAAUUAUUUUCAGUAUUAUCUUACAUUCACAAUUUCCAUUUGUAAUCCACAAUCAUGUGAUAGUUACUGUAUAACUAAUAAUAGUUUUUGAAUUAUUUCUGGGAACUGUGCAGUUGUGUAUUUUGUAUGCACUUUAUUUGUUUUGUAACUCUGAAUGAUUAAAAACCUUGUUUGGAAUAUGU